AUGGCUAAGGAACCAGGAGGACAGCUGACAAAAAACAUAGGAGUUGACCCUCCAGGGCAGAUUCUGAAUGAAGAAAAUAUGGAAAUUAAACAUAAUGCUAAUGGAAACAACACGGAAGACAUUUAUGCCAGCCCCCACGCGACAAAACGAAAAGAAAUAUGGUGUCUUUUAAAUGCGCUGAAUCCAAGAAAGGGAGAAGCUUGGUUGCUUGAAGGUGACUUUAACUCCAUCAUUCAAAGCGACGAAAAGGAAGGAGGUUCAAACCGAGGAACUGGUGUUAGUAAGAUGUUUCAAGGCUUUAUCUUUGAAUCAGAACUCCUAGAAGUUGAAUUUAGAGGAGAUGAAUACACAUGGAGACGAGGGAGACUUUGGAAACGAUUGGAUAGGUGCCUUUUAAAUGAAGGAUGUGCUAACCUCUUCCUUAUGUCCCUCGUUACACACUUGGCUCGAGUGGGAUCCGAUCAUUGUCCGCUCCUAUUUCAUGCUCCAAAGCUGAGUGGAAGGGCGGAAGAUAGACCAUUUCGCUUUAUAGCAGCGUGGCAAGAACACCCAAAUUUUUCUGAUUUUGUGCGAGAGUCAUGGGAAGAUAGGCUGAAUGUUCUAGCUAAUAUUGAAAAAAUUAAGCUAAAAGUUAGAGACAAGACAUCAGUAUUCGGCAACAUUGGAAAAAGGAAGAAAAUACUAUUAGCUCGACUUCGAGGGAUCGAUAAAGCAUUACGUAGAUUCCACUCAAACCAUCUGAUUCAAUUGGAGACAACUUAA